CGACAGCCAGUCCCAGGAAUCUUGUGUUGUCAAACACAUCUGGUGCAAGCAUAUUACCUGCAGGACAAAUCUGACAUUAUUAUUUUAGCAUAAUGGCAAGAAUUUUAUCUACAGUUUGCCUCUGUUUGUGUUUGUUAGUAAUUGAUGCACGACCUCCAGAAGCGAAGGGCCAAGGAAAGGAUCGUGUCUACGAUCAGGACUUGUCGGAAGAAGAACAUUUUAAAGAAGGAGAAGAACACAACGCUGAAUAUGAUCACGACGCUUUCCUUGGAAAGGAGAAGAAGAAAUUUGAUGAGUUGACGCCUGAGGAAUCAAAAGAGAGACUAGGAAAAAUUGUGGACAGAAUUGAUAAAGAUAAUGAUGGAAAGAUCACACGGAAAGAACUAGAGGACUGGAUCAAAUUUACAUCCAAGCGUUAUGUCUUUGAAGAUGUUGACAGACAGUGGGAACAGCUGAAAAAAAUUGAAAGGUCUCAUAUGACUCUUGAAGAGCGUUAUGUUGACAAAAAGGAAAUAGAUCCUAAUGGAGCAAUUGGCUGGGAGCUGUACAAAAACAUGACUUAUGGGUAUAUUCCAGAGGAAGAUGACUAUGAGUACAAGGAUAUGUUAAAACGGGACAAACGGCGCUGGGAAAUGGCCGAUAUUGAUAAAGACAAUAAAAUAUCAAAGGAGGAGUAUACUGCGAUGCUUCAUCCCGAAGAGUAUGAUCAUAUGAAAGAUGUUGUUGUGGAUGAGACAUUAGAAGAUAUUGAUAAAGAUGGCGAUGGAGUUGUCUCUAUUGAUGAAUAUCUAGGUGACUUGUAUCCAGAGAGUGAAAAAGAAAAGGACAAAGAAGAACCAGAAUGGGUGAAGACCGAAAGAGAACACUUCAGAGACUUCCGUGACAAAAAUAAAGAUGGAAAAAUGGACAGGGAUGAAGUAAAAGAUUGGAUCAUUCCACCUGAUUAUGACCAUGUUGAAGCAGAGGCCAGGCAUCUUAUUCGUGAAGCAGACAAAGAUGAGGAUGAUAUGCUAACAAAGGAGGAAAUUCUAGAUAAACACGAUGUCUUUGUUGGGAGUCAAGCUACAGACUUUGGAGAAGCUCUGACAAGACAUGACGAGUUUUAGACCAUCUUUAAGAUUUAAGUUACUUAUUGAAGUUUCUAAAGAAUUAUAGCUAUUAAAGAUAUAUUUUUUUACGUUAUACAAUUACAUGCCACACCUCAGUAUUUUAUAGAAAUACAACAACAACAACAACAACAAAAAAAACAAAAUGGUUCGUGUUAAGGGAACAAAAAAGAGAAAAAGUUAUAAUGUUCUUUACUAUUUACAGUUGUUUAUCAAAUGUCCAUGAUGGAUAGGUAAAUGGUUUGGAUCAGGUUCACCCAAAAAGUGCAGUAUGAUGUGAAACUUUAUGCAGUGUCGCCUGGAAAUGUUUGAAGCAGUUCCUAUCAACGUAAAACUCAGAAACCCACGAAAAUCGGAAAUUUUUUUUUUAUGGAAUCUCUUUGUUUUCCAAGGGAAAAGGCAGUCUUCCACAAGGAAACUAAACUGCCCUAGCAGUUGUAAUGAGGUUGUGGCUUUGAGGGAUCCUUAACCCUUCAACUCCAACAAGAAAUCAAAAUGUAACUUCCCCUUAUAAUAUCUAUACAUUAUCCAGCAAACAGGUAAUGAGAAUUUUAAAACUUAUCUGGUGAAAGCUAAGUUGCCAUCUUGAUCUCGCACAAUUCUCUCAUAAUAACUAAUUUUCACGUGUGUAGCAACUAGAGGGGAUAGUUAGAGAUCAGAUCUUGGGAAUUAGAGGGAAAAGAUUCCUGAACUUUCUUGGAAUUUCUCCACGCACAAUUUGCCUGCCAGUUUUAUUUUUCAAAGUGUGUAUGGUAUUCUGGGUCUUAAAGUGAAAUCCUUUGCUACCAAUGCGAGAGAGUGUUUUCAUGCAAACUUUUCUUACAAGUCAAGUACAUUUGGCUGUCAAACGGACAGGUAAUCAGAAGUUAGGAAAUUAUAAAGUAGGUGUCAUUUGUCUGGAUAUAAUCCCAAAUUCUCAUGACUUGUGGAGUUGUUCAUGGCUGUGGCGUGGAUUGAGGGAGGGGUUUGUGGGUGCUCGUAACAACCCCUUGGUGAAAAUAUUUUAUUUUUGGUUGAUAGCAUGAGUUUACAAAAAUGAGAGAAUCUGAAGAAUUUUUAGUGCAGAGUUGCACUUACUGAGGUCCUUCUUGGUGCGUGAGUACCUCAUCAAGGGCCAUGGACAAGGAAGAAGAACGGUGUGAGUCACUCCACUCAUGAGGCGCGUGGAAAUGUUUUGUUUUUGACCUUCUGCAAAACAUUCUAGGUACAUUAACCAACCGAUCUUUGGAAUUAAAGGAUUUACUUUGAAAUUCA